GGGCCUGCUGUGGAAGAUGGAGGCGUAGUUGCCGCCUGACGCCGGAGCCUCAGAUCUUUGCAGCGGCCUCACGCGUUCUGUCGGACCGCAGCAUGGACAUGAAGAAGCGGGUCAGUGUGGAGCUGAGGAGCCGGAGCCCGGCGGAGGUGGAAGAGCUGGUGCUGGACAACUGCCGCUCCAGCGACGGGGAGGUGGAGGGUCUGACGGAGGAGUACACGGAGCUGGAGAUCCUCAGCAUGGUGAACGUCGGCCUCACCUCGCUCUCCAAACUGCCAUCGCUCCCCAAACUACACAAGCUUGAGGUGAGCGACAACACCAUCUCCGGAGGUUUGGACAAGUUGGUGGAGAAGUGUCCUAAUCUGACGUACCUGAACCUAAGUGGAAACAAGAUCAAAGAGCUGAGCGGCGUUGAGCCUCUGCAGAGUCUGAAGAACCUGAAGAGUCUGGACCUGUACAGCUGUGAAGUGACCACGCUGGAGGACUACAGGGAGGCCGUGUUCGAGCUGCUGCCUCAGCUCACCUACCUGGACGGCUUCGACCAGGACGACAACGAGGCUCCGGACUCUGAGGGCGACAACGAUGAGGACGAUGAAGCCGGACCAACCAGAGAUGAGGACGAGGAUGACGAGGAGUCGGACGGAGACGAGGUCGGACUGUCUUAUCUGAUGAAGGAGGGAAUCCAGGAUGAAGAAGAUGAUGGAGACUAUGUGGAGGAAGAGGAGGACGAAGAGGACGGAGAUGGUGACGUCGCUGGUCUUCAGGGGGAGAAGAGGAAGAGGGACGUGGAGGAUGAAGAUAAUGAUGACGACGAUGAUGAUGAUGAUGAUGAAUAAACCCCCCCCCCCCCCCCCCCGCCAGGCGUCGCCUCAGACAGAGAGGAAACAGCUGUGACAGAUCGGCUUCAACAUUAACAUGUUUAACUUUUUACAGUGUAGUCAGUGCUGAUAUUAUCAGCAGAGACUGUAUGCUGUAAAAAAAAACACAGAUCAUCAGAUGAAAAUUGAGCAACAACACAAACUAUUUUUAUUCUCGUGGACAGACUCUGGUGUCGGGUUCUGUUUCCUGAUGCAGGAAGAAACCUUAGGUUAAAAAACAUCUUUUUCUUUUCUGGAUUUUCUCAAGCAGAGGUCCAGCUGUGACCUCGGACUGUAACAUCGCCCCCUGCUGGGCGGCGCCACUCGGUUGCCCCGUGUAAAUACAAGUGACGUCGUACAUGUUGCUUUCUGUGGUUUGGAUUUUAUUUUUUUAUUGUCGUCUGAUCGUUGAUGUAACCAGAUGUUUUUCAUUAAAACUGAUUUCUUCAGUCAAA